CUUUCAAUACAAUGCUAAUCGUAUCGAUUGUAAACAAACCGUAAAUGUAACGAAACGAAUUCGGAUUGUAUUUUAUUUAUUGUACUAUGUUUACUCGUCCGGAUCAAUUACAACGAAAAGGUGGACCCGAAGAACGAUUGAGUUUUCUGCAAAAACUGAAGGACGAAUAUACUACGACGAAAUCAUUAGAAGGCAAGCAACAAGUAUUGGCGAAUUUAGCAAAUUUUGCAUAUGAUCCUAUCAACUACAACUUCAUUAAACAAUUGCAAAUUGUUGAUUUGUUUUUGAAUCAGCUGCAGCUACAACAGAACGAAGAGCUUUGCGCCUUCGCCGUUGGAGGACUCUGCAAUCUCUGCAACGAUCCCGAGAUUGCAGACUACAUAACUUCCGACUGGGUAAUUGCUGCUUUAAUUAAAUUAUUACAACAUCGUAACAAAGAUAUAGUCUUAAACGCAUUAACAACACUAUAUUAUCUCGCGAGAAACGUAAACUCUGCGUAUUUGAUAAAAACACCGACAAAUUUACACAAACUGCGUGCGUUCCACGCAGCGCAUCGCACCAAUUCGUGCGAUCCAAGGUUGACCAACUUGGCCACAAUUUUUUUGCGUGAUAUUUGGGACGCUAACGACGCUAACUCUAACCAUUCGGAAUCCGCCGAGGUCAGCUCGGAUUGAACGCCCAAUAAAACGAAAAAAAGAAUAUUUGCAUAAACCGCUGACGAGGGCGAACACGCCAACAACUGUAAUGGGGACGCUGCUUAUUAAGAGAUUAUUUUGCAACGGCGCGC